CGAGCUAAUUGCGCUAACCUAUAGCUAACUACCCUUUUAAGCUAAGCUCAUAGAUUUUUUUCAUUUUGGCACAAUACCUUAUCUGGUCAACCGUAUAUACAUUUCUGAAUCGGGAUAAGCGCCAAUUGCCAAAUCGGUCGGGGAUGGCUCCCAGCAGCCUUGCACCACCGCCCAUAUCUAUCACUCCCGUUAUCAAGACUCCCGACGACGACAACGACGACGGCAACGGCAACGGCAGCGACGACGAUAGCCCUCAGGUGGACUUGGAUUACGCCUUGUACGAGCGUAGGAGCUUACUUACGCCCGACCGCGAUACUUUCUACGAUCCCAAUCGCUUAUCCCCUGUGGCUCCCACUUUCCAGAUCAACGACUUCUCCAGUCCUCCCAACAUGACGUCCAGCUCGGGCGGUCCCAACGAAAAUGCUUCGCCAAUAGAUAUCCCCAGCUCCUCCAAUGGCGCCCCGAAUCCUUUCAACUUCCAGACCCAGGUCAUCUCCACCUCCCCCGUCAAGCCAAACGUUGGCCAGCGCCGUGGCCACAAGUACAAGCACUCGAGUAUCAGCGCCCAGCACCAGAUCUUCCAAGAGCCGCCGCCACGUCCACCACUUGCUCUGCCGCGCGAUCUGCCUAUACCCACUGUAAAAGAGGCUUGGAAGUCUAUGUCCAAGGACCAGCGCCGCCGGCUGUAUUGGUGCAUAUGUCAUGGCGUCAUCGCCAUAUCCGUCUUCCUCUCCGCCCACGGCUCCCUCGCCAUGACAGCCCUCUCCCACCUAGUCUUAUUCGACGUCGGGUCCGCGCUGAUCUGCGUAGCCGUCGAGGUCCUAGGCAACUUCGAGGUGUGGAAACGGAGCAGCAUCCGGCACCCCUUCGGGCUAGAGCGCGCCGAGGUGCUCGCCGGCUUCGCCCUGAGCAUCUUCCUUAUCUUCGGCGGGUUUGACCUAGUCAGCCAUAACUUGAAGCACGUCCUUGAGGGCAAAGGCGGCCACUCGUCGCACCACCCCGAUCCCCACGAGGGACUGGCCCCUAGAGUCCCACUCGGAGACGUUGAUAUGGCGAGUCUAGCCGCCAUCAUCGCAACCCUCGUGAGCGCGUAUGGACUAAGAAACCACGCCCGCAUUAGCAAGGUCAUGCGUGUGAGCUACCUCGCCAGCCUGCCCAGCGUCCUCUCGAACCCCUUCCACUUUCUAACGCUCUCUACGUCCGCCCUUAUGGUCGUGCUCCCCCUUCUAUUCAUUCCCAUUGGUGUCCUUCUCGAUAGCACUAUCUGCGCUCUAGUCGCGAUAGCCAUGUUCGCACUCGGCCUUCGUCUCGCCAUAGCCCAGGGCCUGAUGCUGCUGAUGAGCUACGGUGGACGCUCCGGAUCCGGCCGGAACAAGGACGUCGGCGUCGCGGACGUGGUGCGUGAGAUCGAGGCCGAGCCGAGUGUUGAGCGGGUCGAGGAGGCACAGUUCUGGCAGGUGCAUUAUGGUCUCUGCAUGGCGAACCUCAAACUCUCGGUUAGCAGGGGCGCCGACGACGCGGCCAUAAGCCGCCUUCGCGCUCGUGUGUCGAGCUUGAUUCAGAAUCGUCUUGGCGAGGGGUACGGCAAGGGCGGCAGCUUGAGAUGGGAGGUCAGUCUGCAGAUGGGCACAGCAGGGACGUACUAGCCAGGUGGUAAGUAGUAGGUGUUGCUUUUCACGCGUAAUAUGGCUUUCUUGAGUUCGGAAGAAGAAAAAAAACCUUAGUAAUCGGGGUGUAUACAAUACAUACACAUACGCAUCAUGCAUAGAAUGCAUAAUGAGGGCGGUGUUGGCAUUGGCAUUGGCGUUGUCGUUGUCGUUAUCGUUGCUAGACCUAGAUAGGUACAUAAAAACCAGACUAGAGUAGAGUGUAUGAGGCGAGGGGGAAGGGGGGUAAGAGUGGAUGGCGCAUACGUCUUGAUACUUUUCGCUGUAUAUACCUAUAUCUUUUUUGGCGGCGAGGCUGUGUACAUACAUACAUGCAUAUUUUUAUAGCCUGUGAGCUUGAACGGGGCGCGGAAAAAUGAAAAAAAAAAAAAUAGUUACAAGAAACGGAACCGUGUUUACUUGUGUUUUAAGAGUACGGGAGCUUUUGGUGUGUAGUGAUGGUGAGAAUUGCUGUUGAGAGAUAUUGCGGUGCGCUAUAGUAAAAGGACAUUCGAGGAUACGGGGUGGAUAUCCUCCCCGUUGGUCUUGUAUAGAGCGAGGCAUAUAGAGCGUAGAAGGUGCUGAGCUAGAUGGAAGUAUCUAUCAGAUAUAUCGAAAACUACGAGGAACAGGUCAAGUAUAAGAUUGUAUAGAGCUAGCCAGCAUA